AUGUCGUCCUCGAACUACAUCAAGAACGUCGCCAUUGUUGGGGCAAGCGGCAACAGCGGUAGCUACAUGGUCAAAGAGCUGCUGGCUACUGGCAAGCACACCGUCACAGCCAUCUCGCGUAUCGACAGCAAGAACAAGCUUCCAGAAGGCGUCAAGGUCGCUCGCGUCGAUUACAGCAAGUUCGACACGCUGGUCGAAGCUCUCAACGGACAAGAUGCUUUGGUCAUUACGCUGAGCAGUGUCGCCGACCAUAGCCAACAGGAUGAGCUCAUCAAAGCAGCAGCCAAGGCCGGCGUUUCCUGGAUCAUGCCCAAUGACUGGGCACCGGACACCCACCACGAGGGCCUCGUGAAAGAUGUGACUUUGUUCCAAGGUACGGUGAAGACCAGGAAGCUGAUUGAGGAGACUCCAGGAGUGUCCCAUUUAUCAGUAUCAACAGGCUACUGGUAUGAGUGGUCCUUGUCAAUCCCUGGCUCAUACGGCUUUGACUUGGUAAAGCGAGAGGUGACAUUCUUCGACAAUGGCGAGACCAAGAUCUCAACAUCUACCUGGCCUCAAGUCGGUCGUGCUGUUGCUGCCAUCUUGAGCUUGCCGAUCAACCCGGAAGGCGACGCAAUGGGAUGUCUCGAAGACUUCCGCAACAAGACUUUCUACGUCAAUUCAUUCACCGUGAGCCAGCGGGAUAUGUUCGAAUCGGCACUUCGCGUGACAGGCACGAAGGAAAGUGAUUGGAAGAUCACAAAGGAGCCAGCGAAGGAGAGAUACCAUGCUGGUUUGAAGGAAUUCCAGAAUGGGGACCGAAGGGGCUUCGUAAAAGUCAUGUAUACCAGAGUAUUCUACCCCGAUGGCAAUGGAGAUUUUGAAAGCAGCAGAGGCGUUGCUAACGAGCUCCUUGGGCUGCCGAAGGAGAGCCUCGAUGAAGCCACCAAAGCUGCCAUUCAGAGAGCCAUUGACAUUCCAGGAGGCUAUUCCGUUUCGAAGUAA